GUUGUUGGAAGAGGAGCCUUUGGUGUGGUCUGCAAGGCAAAAUGGCGAGCUAAAGAUGUAGCCAUUAAACAAAUAGAAAGUGAAUCUGAAAGAAAAGCCUUCAUUGUAGAGCUUCGACAGCUGUCACGAGUGAACCAUCCCAACAUUGUCAAGUUAUAUGGAGCCUGUCUAAACCCAGUGUGUCUUGUUAUGGAGUAUGCUGAAGGAGGUUCUCUAUACAAUGUUUGUGCCUUUGUUUUGCAGUGCUACAUGGUGCUGAACCUCUGCCUCAUUAUACUGCUGCACAUGCCAUGAGUUGGUGUUUACAGUGUUCCCAAGGAGUGGCAUAUCUCCACAGCAUGAAACCAAAGGCUCUAAUUCACAGAGACCUGAAACCACCAAAUUUGCUCCUGGUAGCUGGGGGGACAGUUCUAAAAAUCUGUGACUUUGGUACAGCCUGUGAUAUUCAAACACACAUGACCAACAAUAAAGGAAGUGCUGCUUGGAUGGCACCUGAAGUUUUUGAAGGUAGCAAUUACAGUGAAAAAUGUGACGUUUUCAGUUGGGGUAUUAUUCUCUGGGAGGUAAUCACCCGUAGGAAACCUUUUGAUGAGAUUGGUGGUCCAGCUUUCCGAAUAAUGUGGGCAGUUCACAAUGGUACUCGGCCACCACUGAUCAAAAACUUACCUAAACCAAUUGAGAGUUUAAUGACCCGUUGUUGGUCCAAGGAUCCUUCUCAACGACCGUCCAUGGAGGAAAUUGUUAAAAUAAUGACACACUUGAUGCGGUACUUUCCAGGAGCUGAUGAACCUCUGCAGUAUCCUUGCCAGUAUUCAGAUGAAGGCCAAAGCAACUCUGCCACUAGUACAGGUUCAUUCAUGGACAUCACUUCUACAAACACGAGUAACAAGAGUGAUGCUAACAUAGAACCAAGUGACUUCCAAGGAGCUUCUACCAAUGACACUAUUAAACGUUUAGAGUCAAAAUUGGCACAACAAAUCAAAAACACAACCAAGCAGCCGGGUGAUCCUGGCCGUUUGAGUUUGCCCCCAUCUCGUGGGAGCAGCGUGGAGAGCUUGUCAGAUGUUCGCGCACGACCGCCGUCAGCCCUCGUUUCAGGAGAAGCCAAAAGGAUGAGUGCUGAUAUGUCUGAAAUAGAAGCAAGAAUAGCUUCCAUCACAGCCUAUUCCAAGCCUAAACGAGGCCAUCGUAAAACUGCUUCAUUUGGCAACAUUCUGGAUGUCCCUGAGAUCAUCAUACCAGCAGGAAACGGACAGCAGAGGCGCAGAUCCAUUCAAGAUCUUAGUGUUGCUGGAACAGAGUCCAGUCAGGAGAGUAGAAACAGCAGUAGAUCAUCUAGUCCUAGUGUGAGAAUGAUCACUACCUCGGGACCAACCUCUGAAAAGCCAACUCGUAAUCCAUGGACACCUGAUGAUGCAGAGACCAAUGGGUCAGAUAACUCCAUCCCAAUGGCAUAUCUUACAUUAGAUCAUCAGUUACAGCCUCUAGCACCAUGCCCAAACUCCAAAGAAUCUAUGGCUGUGUUUGAACAGCACUGCAAAAUGGCACAAGAAUAUAUGAAAGUUCAGACAGAAAUUGCAUUGCUGUUGCAGAGGAAACAAGAACUAAUAGCAGAACUGGACCAGGAUGAAAAAGACCAGCAAAACACAUCCCGUCUGGUACAAGAACAUAAAAAGCUGUUAGAUGAAAACAAAAGUCUCUCAACAUACUAUCAGCAAUGCAAAAAACAAUUAGAGGUAAUCAGAAAUCAGCAACAGAAACGGCCAGGCACAUCAUGAUUUCCUGGGACCUUUCAAAUGAAAAAUAUGCACAGAAAAGACUGAUUAUUUUUUUUUUAAUUGUUAUUAUUAUCCCUUAUUAUGACAGCUCAUGAGUGUUAGCUUCUUGGUGUGAUCUGUACUUGUCUGCUGCACUUAACAUCAUUUAAUUUUCUUUUUCCUAUGGUGGACAUCCAGUUCAACAGGUUAAUUGAAUAAGGUGAGAAAACAAUGACUUGAAUUAACCAACAGCCCUCAAUUUAAAGCAAGAAGAGUGGCUGCUUGCAUGCUCCUUGUGUGAAGGCUAGCCUAACAAGUGUUAAGGAGGCUGCUAAAUUUUAAGAUCUUAUUUUUAGUUUUUGGUGUUACCUCGAUAAGAGCAAAAAAAAACCCAAAACUUUCCUGUUUAAGAAUGAUUUUGUUCCAGUGUCUCAUCUCAUACUAUUAUUAUGAUGAUUGUUUUCAAGACUUAAACAGGCUCCAGGCUGCAGAGGUGAUCUUGGCUGACCACAGUAAUUCAUGAUGCAUUAGUGAUGCCUUUUACCUGUAGACAUAGUGUAUUUUUUCCACAUGCAAAAUGGUAGGCAAACUGAUGCCAGCAUCCUUGGUUCAGUGCUUGAUAGCCCUGCAUUUUGACUAAUAUGUUUCUUGUAAUCUUGCUUUCAUAAAAUAUUUGAAGUAAAAGACUGUAUUUUGUUUACUUUCUUGGGGUGAAUGACGUGCAGUUUCGCUUAAUUACUGGGCAAAAGUUAUGAAGGUGAUUCACUGGGCAGAGUUGGUCCCUUGUGUAAAGAGGAAGAAUCAAAAAUGUGUGAAAGCAUGUUUUAAACCUUUAAAGCUUUUGUCCCUGUAGCAUCUUUGGAUGGAAAUUCAGAAAGAGAAUUAUUACAAAACUUGAAAUACUUGCUCCUUUUAUGUUUUUGCUCCCUUACUGAUUUUUUUUGUUUGUUUUUCUUACAACUUAUUUGCUGGAAAGCAUUUACCAUAAAUGUAAAUAAGUUUGUUUUAGAUAGGGACAGAAAGGUUUGGGGAAAUGAAUUUAUUUUAAAUAGCAAAUUAUGAAAUGGAGUUGAGUGUACAAAUAGCGGAAGCUAUUAAGAACAUGAGGGAAAUGGCUUAGAUCUCCAUCAGGAAUCUCAGUUAUUCUACUCAUUUGAACAUAGUUCAAAGGAAGUCCAUUACAGAAUGCCUGCUGCCUUUGUGACUGAAGAGUUGCAUUUAACGAACUCAAGCAGAAUAUGUAAUGCUCAGUGUUGUUAUUCACCAUUAUUACAUGGGAGAAAAUAACUGCUUGUUUUACAUUGCAGAUUAAUUACUUGGAUUAUGAAUUAACUGGUACAAAAAUGAGGCACUUCUAAAUAUAAUGAUAAGUUAUUCCUUGCAUAAGUUCUUGAGGUACCCAGUUGUGGGCAGGGCUUUAAUAACACUCCUUUGCAAAAGAAAAGUAGAAAAUUGAAGUUUAGCUGUGGAGCCCUCCAAGUAAAAGAAAGGUAAUCUGAAAUUUUACUUAGACUUAUUUCAAAUAAAUGGUUAUUUAUAAGAGCCCAUGAGCAGAACUUAGAAAAACCUUAAGGGUAAAAACUUCACAGUAUUUUCUCUUUUCUUUCCUGCCUACUUCAUAAAAACCAUUAGUACUGUUGUGCUUAUCUGUGAACAGCAAAGAUGAUGAACAGUGUACUAAACAGUGUCAUCCUGUCUUGAAAAUAAAUCUGUUGUUGGCAAACCUUUGGAAGUUA